AUCAAAUAUUAUUCUAAAACAAAAGCCCAAGAUUUUUUGGGCUAAAAUCUCCUAAACAAAUCGUAAUUCAAAGAAAAGCCCUAAUCUUUAGUUUGUUCACUUUGCUCUUCCUCAUCUUCUAGGCUUCUAGCUACUGACUGUCAUUGCCGACUGAACUCCCCCGCCGUCAUAUUGAAGUGCCGCCGAGUCCAUGUAAAAUAGACCAAUGGCCACGGGAACGCCAAAGAAAUCUGAGCCUCCUAAAAUAGUUACUCUGAAUAACGCAUUGAAACUGGCCGAACAAUGGGUAAAUAAAAUGAAUGGAUCUGCAGAAUAUGAAGUAGUGGAAGCAGAACCAGAAGCUCGGCCAGAAAGGCUUGGACUCGGAGCAAAAGUUCCACGUCAAUCAAAAGUUGGACUCUCUAACGACCCAGUUGAGAGAAAACUAUCUGCUAAGUUGGGUGUUGGAAAAAGAAAAGUUUUGAAAAACCAGGAUUCUACCAUCCCUUCUAGUAAAGACAGGGUCGAUGAAGAUGAUGGUGAUGAGGAUUUAGAUAGUAGAAGUAGUGCAUUUUCUAAGAAGAGAGCAGUUCCUCUGACUUCCCAAUUACAGGUAAAGAAAAAACCGAAAUAACUUGUAGCUUUGAAAUGCUUGAAUGUAGCAAAAUUCCAUGUACUUCCUAGUUGGAUUUAAUGACUUGUAAACACUUUCCAUAAUGGAAAUAUGCAAGAAAAAUUGAAGUUUUUGUUCUAUA